UAUAAUUAUUUAAGUGUAUAUAUCAUCAUACAUGUUGCAAAUCUAAAAUUAGCACAUACAUUUUUUUUUUUCUUUACUUUUUAAAAAAAUUAUAGAAAAAAUAUAAAUGAUAAGAAAAAAUUAAAAUAAUGAUUAAAAUUAUAAUUACAUUAUUAUUUGGUAUUAAUUUAUCAAUUGGUCAAAUAAAUAUUGGUCUUGUUACAGAAUCACUUAAUUCUUUAGAGGAAAAAAUAUUUUUGAAAGCAAUUGAAGAUGCCAAUUUAAAAAUUUCAGACAAUUCAUUAGAGGGUAAAGUGGCUAAUGUUGCCGAAGGAAAUGUUUUUGAUAUGUCACGUAAAUUAUGUGAUUUAUUAAAGGAAAAUGUUGCAAUGAUAAUUGGUCCAACAUCACCAGCUUCAGCUGAACAUGCAGCUAAUAUUUGUGAUGCAAAAGAAUUACCAUUUAUUGAUAUAAGAAUGGAUUUUUUUAAUCGAAUGUCAACUAUAAAUCUAUAUCCAUCUCCAAGUCAAUAUGCUGAAGCAUUAAAGGGACUUAUUGAUGCUUUACAAUGGUCACAAUUUACAAUUCUUUAUGAAUCUGCUGGUGAUGAUCUUAUUUUGGUUAAUGAAUUAGUUAAAUUAUUUGGAACUGAUAUACCACCAAUAAAUAUUAAAAGAUAUGAUUUAGAUUUAAAUGGAAAUUAUAAACCAAUUUUAAGAAUAAUAAAAAAAUCACCAGAUUUUUCAUUACUUGUACUGGGAUCUACAAGAAGUCUUACAAAUUUUUUAACACAAGCUCAACAAGUUGGAAUAUUAACUGAUGCUUAUAGAUAUAUAAUUGGUAAUUUAGAUAUGCAAACAAUUGAUUUAGAACCAUUUCAAUAUGGUGAAGCAAAUAUAACAAAUUAUCGUAUGAUUUCACCAGAGCACAAAAUUAUUAAUGAAUUACAUGAAAUUUUAAUACAAGAAAAUGAAGCUUUACAAAAUGUGACAUGUGCUGUAUCAUCACAUAUGGCAUUACUAUAUGAUGGGGUUCAACUUAUUGCAGAAACAAUUGAAUAUGUGCCUGAGGGAGCUGUUGAAUUAGGAUGCGAAACGGAUAAUACUUGGGAAAAAGGAUAUACAAUUGUCAAUCAUAUAAAAUCGCUUAUUAUCGAUGGUAUAACUGGAAAAAUCGAAUUUGAUAAUGAAGGUGUUAGAGCUGAUAUCAUGUUAGAAGCUGUUGAAUUAACAGCAUCUGGUAUUAUGAAAAUUGGUACAUGGAGUUCAUCAGGCGGUUAUAAUAAUGAUAGAGUAAUGUCAUCAUCAAUUUUAGAAGCUGAUACACGUUCAUUAGCAAAUAAAAGUUUUGUUGUUAUAACAGCUCUGAGUGAUCCCUAUGGUAUGCUAGUUGAUUCUGCUGAAAAAUUAACUGGAAAUGAUCGUUUUGAAGGUUUUGGAAUUGAAUUAAUACAAGAAUUAUCGACAAGAUUAGGUUUUACAUACACAUUUCGUUUACAAGAAGAUAAUAAAUAUGGUAGUAAAGAUGCUGAAGGCAAUUGGAAUGGAAUGAUAUUAGAAAUUCUUGAAAAUAGAGCUGAUCUAGGAAUUACUGAUUUAACAAUGACAUCAGAACGUGAAAGUGGGGUUGAUUUUACUAUUCCCUUUAUGAAUUUGGGAAUAGCGAUUUUAUACACAAAACCUAAGAAAGCACCACCAGAGCUAUUUUCUUUCAUGUUACCAUUCUCUGGUGAAGUCUGGGGUUAUUUAGGUGUUGCUUAUUUAAGUGUCUCAAUAAGUUUAUUUAUUUUGGGUAGAUUAUCACCUGUGGAAUGGGAUAAUCCAUAUCCUUGUAUUGAAGAACCAACUGAACUAGAGAAUCAAUUUAGUUUUGCGAAUUCAAUGUGGUUUACAAUUGGUGCUUUAUUACAACAGGGAUCAGAAAUUGCUCCAAAAGCUUCAUCAACACGAACUGUUGCAUCAAUUUGGUGGUUUUUUACACUAAUUUUAGUUUCAUCAUAUACUGCUAACUUGGCUGCAUUUUUAACAGUUGAAAAUCCUGUUACUAUUAUUGAAAGUGCUGAAGAUUUAGCUGCUAAUAAAGGUGGUGUACGAUAUGGAGCAAAAAAAGGUGGAAGUACAUACAAUUUUUUUAAAGAUGCUAAAGAUGAAACAUUCCAAAAAAUGUAUGAAUAUAUGAAAGAUCAUCCGGAACAUCAACCAAGCACAAAUGCAGAGGGUGUGUCCAGAGUUGAAAAUCCAAAUGAUAAUUAUGCUUUUCUUAUGGAAUCAACAUCUAUUGAAUACGUAAUAGAACGUAAAUGUACAUUAACACAAGUUGGAAAAAAUUUAGAUGAAAAAGGUUACGGUAUUGCAAUGAGAAAAAAUUGGCCAUAUCGAGAUGCUUUAAGUAAAACAAUAUUAGUAAUGCAAGAAGACGGUUCACUUUUAAAAAUGAAAAAUAAAUGGUGGAAAGAGAAACGAGGUGGUGGUGCUUGUGCCGACAGCGGUGCUGAUAGUGGUGGAGCUGUUGCUUUAGAAAUUGCUAACCUUGGUGGUGUAUUUUUAGUAUUAAUUUUAGGAUCUAUAUUCGCUAUAUUUAUAAGUAUUUUUGAAAAUUGUUUUGCUAUAAAACAAGAAGCAUCUAAAAAUAAGACAUCUUACAAAAAGGCUAUGUUCGAUGAAAUAAAAUUUAUAUUCAAAUGUUCCGGAAAUGUUAAAACAGUGGAAUUUCUAAAUAAUACGACAAUGUCAACAUUAGCAUCAUCAUCAUCAUCAUCAAAAUCAUCAUCAUCAUCAGCAUCACCAACAUCAUCGAUGGUAGCAUCAACAUUAAUAUCAAGGGAAUCAAAUAUGAUUCCGUCAAUUUGUUCGAAUAUAACAAAUAAAAUAAAUCACUGUAAUCAAGAAACGUUACAACAACAACAACAGCAACAACAUCAACAACAACAAAAUAGUAUAUUUAGUAAUGGUACAGCAUCAAUUUUACAAUUAAAACAAUCACCCAAUAAUAAUUUACCAAAUAAUUUGAUUAUUAUCAAAAAUGAUAAUAAUUUGAUUAAAUUAGAAGAAAAUCAAGAUAUGGAAAAGACUAACUGCUCAAAUUAUGGAAAAAUUUUUUUUAAUACCCAAAUUAUUGAAGAUCAACUUACACCAACACGAUAUUGUGACGAACAUAGAUGUGAUAUUUGUGGUAUUACUUUCAGUUCUGUUGAUGUAUUUAAAAAACAUGUUCAAGUUAUGCAUCAAAUUCCAUUAGAAACAAAUGAUUUUAAUUCUACAAAUCCGAAAUUAACAACUACUGUAGUUAAUAAUUAUGGACAAGGAUUAUAUCAAUGUCAUCUUUGUUCAAAAUCAUAUAAAAUUAAAGCAAGAUUACGUUUACAUUUAAAAGUUAAACAUUGCCUAAAUAUUAAUCCAGUAAAUAAAAAUAAUAAUAAUUGUAAUGAAAAUAAUGAAAAUAUUAAGAAUAAUGCAACAAAAUUAAAAAUUUGUGAAAAAAUUCGUAUUCUUACAACAAAUUUGAAAGCAACAAAUACUAACGUUGUUACAACCGCAACAACUGCAGAACCAAUUAAAAUUGAAGCAAUUGACAUUAAUAAUGAUGAAAUUGGAAAUGAAAAUUUACAAGAUAUUCAAAUUGUUAAACCUGAACCAAUACCAAAACCAUGGAAAUGUGAUAUUUGUUCUAAAUUUUAUACUACAAAAUAUUUUUUAAAAAAACAUAAAAGAAUUCAUACAGGUGAAACACCCUAUAAAUGUAACAUUUGUAAUAAAUUAUUUACAUUUCAACAAUCUUACCAUAAACACUUGUUGUAUCACAGUGAUGACAAACCACAUGUUUGUAAAAUUUGUAAUCGAGCUUUUAAGGAACUUUCAACGUUACAUAACCAUGAAAGGAUUCAUAGUGGUGAAAAACCUUUUGAAUGUGAAAUUUGCGGUAAACGGUUUCGGCAAAGAGUUUCAAAUUAUGUUCACCAAAGGACACAUACAGGUGCUAAACCAUAUUCCUGUGAAUCAUGUUUUAGAAAAUUUCGUUAUAAAGUUACCUUAAGAACUCAUAAAUGCUCAACACUUAAUGAAUCAUUAAAAAUCGAAAAAACGAAUGACGAACAUAAUGAUACAAAUCUUGAUCAAUUAAACAAUAAUAUUAAAAUUGAAAAUUUAGAAAAUAAAAUUGAAAAAUUAAAAAAUAAUAAUAAUACAAUAGAAAAUUUAUCAACAGUAGAUGAUAAUUUACAAAAACUUUUACAAAAUGUUGAUAUUUUACAUGGAUGCGAUGAUUUAUUACCAAAUUCAAUUUCAAAUGAUUUAAUAUGCCAUAAUAAUGAUUUUAAAGGCAAUGAUUGCGAUAUAAAUAAAGAAAUAGCUAACAAAUCUAUUGAUGAACUUGUUGCAGAAUCAUGUAAUAAAUUGGGUAUUGGUAAUUGUAAUAAUAUGGAAUUAACACAAAAUUAUAAUAGUAGUCCAAUAACAAAUGAUACUCCCUCACCAUCUGAACAAUUACAACAUUUAUGCUUGUAUUCACCAAAUUCAAUUGAAGAUAAUCUUAAUGUACAUUUAAAUAUCAAUGAUGAUUCAUUAAAACAAUUUUUAUUUGAAAUUGAAAAUGAUUCAAAACAUUCUUAAAAUAAUAAUUUAUUAAUAUUUUUAAUUAAAAAAAA